CCCUGGAGAGACGGCGGCGGGCGCUAUGGCCGAGAGGCCGCAGCCCCGGGGCGGUGCGGUGUGCCCCGCCGCCUACCCCGACGCCGCCGCGGAGUUCCCCCCGCACCUCCAGGCCGGCGCGAUGCGGCGCCGCUUCUGGGGCGUGUUCAACUGCAUGUGCGCCGGCGCGUUCGGGGCGCUGGCCGCCGCCUCCGCCAAGCUGGCCUUCGGCAGCGAGGUGAACGUGGGCUUCCGCAUCUUAGGCAUUAUCGUGAUGGCGACCACCAAUUCUCUCAUGUGGACGUUCUUUAGCCGCGGCCUCAGUUUCUCCAUGUCUUCGGCCAUUGCAUCUGUCACGGUGACUUUUUCAAACAUCCUCAGCUCGGCCUUCCUGGGCUUUGUGUUGUAUGGAGAGUGCCAGAAGGUCCUGUGGUGGGGAGGCGUGUUCCUCAUCCUCUGCGGCCUCAGCCUGAUCCACAGGAAGCUGCCACCCAGCGAGAAGGCCCCUACACACAAGCAGCAGUAGCAACAGGGGCCCAACGACCCAAUGGGAGAGAGUGUGGCCAGGUGCGUGGGGACCGCUUCCCAGGUGGUCUGGGUGCAGCCUCCUGACCAUCGGCCAGAGGGAGAUGCUCCUGAGGGAAACGGGCCUCUGACCUUGAGGGCGGCCAGCCAUGGCUUCUGAGAGGAGAAAGGACAAGCGUGGUCAAGUCCUGCCUGAGGCCUUCUCGAGACACCUGCAUGCUGCUUUGGAUCCUCACACCCUGGGCCUGCCCUGUGGCCCUUGGCAGACGCUGGAGACCCUGGGCCUGGCGUGCUGGGUGUGUAGACUGGAGACCACACUACCUGUAGUCCCGUGGCCGAACAAAGGCCCGUCAUGGGACAUUGGGAUCAGCUCUCAGUGGAGCCUUCUGACAACUCCUGACACCGAUGUACAGGAUACCUGUGUCUUGCUUCUGCAGUUUGGCAAGGGAAGGGAAACUGGAUUAAUAAAUCCUUUUUUUUCUUCUUUUUUUAAAAUAG